GAAGCAGAAGCAGCAGCAACAUUGCAACACAAACAAAAAUCAGCUUUUAUUUUAGAGCCAAGUCAUAAACACGAACAUGCCUUGUCCUGCCCCACAGCUCCAGCUUUCAUACCAGCUAUAACCCCCCCAUCCCCCCUCACACUGAACCAAAGUUUGCUGCUUUGAGGACACCUUCUUCUAUCGGAAAACCCUAAGCCACACAAAAUCAGUCAAGCUGGCGUCGUUAAAGCAAAGGAAUAACAACAAUACUACAAGCAAUUAUAAUAACAAUAUAAUGUGGAGUAGUACAAUAUCGCCAACAAACUCUAAGAAACUAUUGAUCGGUAGCACACGAAGCGUUGAUUAUGUCGGUGAUAGUGCAAGGACAGCAACAGCAGCCACUUAUAAAACAGGAGCAGCAGCAGCCCCAGUCCCAGCCACAGCCACAGGCACAGCCCCAGCCUCAGGAACAGCAGCAGCAGCAGCAGCAGGAACAGGAGCCAAAGGAACCAAAUCAAAAGCCAGUCCCAGUGCCAUUGCAGCCAACAAAGCCACAAAGAUCUCAAUUGAAAUGGAGCUUCAUAUACAAAAUAAGUGCAUUUCGGCAUAGCGCAUCACUCUGGAGGGUGGUGCGGAGCCGCCAUGGCUGCAGGGCCCCCUUAAAGCCGCAUUUUUGGGGGCUACUGGCGUCGGCAAAACAAGCAUAUUACAGCAAUUUUUCUACCAUGACUUUCCCAAGACUCAUCAGACGACAACGCGUCGAAAGAUUUAUAAAAACUGUUUGGUCUGCGACACCUGCAUACGUGAGCUGAUGGUACUGGACGUUCCACCCCAGAAGCGAUUUCCGGCUGAUAACUUCGCCGAAUGGAACAACGGACAUCCGCUGGGGCUGCGAACGGUGCACGCAUAUGUGCUAGUCUAUGACAUGGGCAAUUUGGAAACAUUUCAGUACUGCCGCUCGAUGAGAGAUCAAAUCUUGGACAGUUUCAGUCAUCGUGAUUUUAGCAUAAUUGUGGUUGGCAAUAAAUAUGACAAUGUGACUGAGGCGCAGGCCAAUUCGCAGGAGCUCAAGGAUAUUUCCACGCUGGUGCGCAAACAUUGGCGCUGCGGCUAUGUCGAGUGCUCAGCGCAAUACAACUACAAAAUCGGCGACGUAUUCCGUGAGCUAAUGGGCUGCACGAGCAGUGGGAGCAGCACGGGAGGUGGCGGCGGCGUUGGCGGUGGCGGCGGUAUCGCUGGAGGAGGCGGUGGCUUUGGCACUGAGUUCUCACAAUCAACUAGGAAUAAAGGACGCUGUACAAUACUUUAGCAAAUGUUGCAUAAGUUUUUUAAGCAAACGUUUUGAUCUAGCGCGUAAAUACGAGUGUCCCGGGUGGAUACUUUUGCAGCUGCUUGUUGCCGACAGCAUGGGGCAAGAUGUGGUGGCACGUUGGCGUAUACGCAAUCUCCUUAAGGCCAACUGCAGCAGCAGCAGCAACAGAGGCAACAUCAACAGAAGAAACAACAUUGUUGCCCCAUGGCAAUGCCUGCAGAUGCAUAUUUUAGCAUACAUUUUAGUGGCCACACUUUGCAGUUGUCCCCGUGUGUCGACUCCCCCCUUCCCUUUCUUCUUUUGCCUUCGCUUUUGUUUGCCAUUAUUACAACAUUUUGCUGGCUGCUUUUAUGGGUUGCAUCGCAUUUUUGUUUGCAAGAGCUUCGUUCAUUUAAAUGCCAAUGCGAAUGGAAAUGGGACUGGCAAUGGCACGGCAAUGGCUGUCGAACCCCAGAUACAUUUGGCCAGGAGCAAGAGCCAAAGCCCAGAUCCCAAGCCAGAGCCAACGAACAUCAUCCUCCUGCUGACAACUUUUUUGCAGUCGCAUUCGCAUUUUCAUUUGCAAUUCAAUGCCCGCAAGCCUGGCAGGAAGAGCAGCACAGCUGACAUGAAUAUUCAGCACAAACAAUAAGAGUAUCCCCGAAGAUAUACAACAAUUGAAAAAGUUUUAAUUUUAUUUAAUUAUCAUCGUUGUCGCUAUAUGUAGCUAUUAUUUUGUUCGUCGUGGAAUCGUAAAUAGGCAAUUAAUCCCACCAUAAUUUACAAUACAUUUUAUGUAACGAACGAAUAACCUUGUUAUGGAAACCAAACCAGAAUCGUAUAAGUAAUGUCUAUAUUUAAGCUAUACAUACACACAUACAUAUACAUAUAUGUACGAUAAACAUACUUUAACGUUGUGAUCAUUUCAAGAAUUAGUUCUUAAGCAAAACCACAAACAAAGCGUCAGCGAAUGUCAAGUCUCCACAACAACAACAAAAACUGGAUUAAAAGCAAAUAAUGUACGUAAUUAUAGGUCAACAUAAGAGCAAGUUAAGUACGAGUAUUUGGGAGUAUUACAAUCAUGCCAUUACAAUGCUCAAUCGAUUUAUAGCCAUAAUUAUCUGCUGCACCUCACAUUCAAAGGGUAUUAGUGGGUUCAUUUCAUUGCCUGUAGGGAAAUAUGUUACAAGAAAUACAAGAAUUAUACUAGGUCAAUACUCGUAAGUGUGAAUGACAGCUUAGGGUUCUUCAUGCAUCGUGUAAGGAACCCUAAGCCUGAAGCCUUAAGACACAAAAAUGCAAACAAUUAUGCCAUAUUAAACCGAUACACACUAAACUAAGAGAAUUAUAACUUGAUUAAAACGCACAAAAUACCGACGAUUGUGUUAUUAUUUUUAGUGAUAACGGCCCAAUCCAUCACAUACCCGAAAACUGUUCAACCUUAGGCUAGAAAUAAAGUUUAAGGUGCAACAGCAGGUGUUUGGUGUAGCGUAGUGUAGCGGCAACAACAUGUUAGUUAGUUAGGUAACAUACAUACACACAUAUAUCACACAAUCUGUUGGACACCGCCUAGGUAGCUGCGAGUCAUUGCGAGUCUACUACGUAAUAAAUACAUACCACACCAUACCAAACCGAUCUCUUUCUUUACCUCAAACAGCAACAAACUCAAAGCAACUCAAAAGAAAAGCAAUCAAGGCUGACUUUGUACAUAGAGAUUUCAACUAAAUGAACUUUGCGAAUAUGCUAUGAACCGACUUUUACAGCAAUAUAAGUAUUAAUGGGGGGGGGAAAACGAAACUAUUGUAGUUACGUACGUAUAUGUAUGUAUACAUAAAUAAUUAUAAAUCUAACUGAUAUUCAAAGUAGAUAACUGGGCGCACUGCCAAAAUUGGUUCCACUCCCAGUUGAGUGUUCGAUUAAGAAUGGUUAUAGGAAUGAAUUAAGAUUACUGAAAAAGAAAUGGAAAAAAAAUUUUUAGAACUUAUUUGAAGGGUAAACAAUGGAAUGGCGAUAAUAAACACACAUUAAAUGAUACAAAAUUUGCAACAAAAAAUAUUGUUCAUAAAUAGGAAAUACAAAUUCUAUAAUUGUGGCUUUGAUAAAGGACAUAUAUUGUUAACAAAUCAUUAAUACAAAUAUAGCUAUAGUUGCUUACUUGUAAACCACCCAU